AUGCUGGAUAGCAGCAUCUUCGUCCUUAUGGACCCAAGCACAAAGCAGCUCCAUCCCCUUUUCAGCGCCACCAAGGGCGGUGCGACUCUCGGACUGCGUUCUUCUCAGCUGUCUGAUCUGCCGCUUUAUGCAGAGCAAGAGUACGUCGUGGUUGCGGUGAAUCCGACGGGAUCCACCGGUUUCGGCAAGGCCUUCACAGACGACAUACAGGGUGCCUGGGGCGGCCGUCCGUAUGGCGAUGUUGUGAACUGCUUCGAGCAUGUAAAGAGGACGAUGCCUUAUGCCGACUUGUCUCGUGCCGCAGCCAUCGGUGCAAGCUAUGGCGGCUACCUGAUCAAUUGGAUAGCAGGACAACCACUUGCCAAGGAGUUUCGCGCGCUCGUUUGUCACGACGGAGUAAUCAGUGGCUAUGGCAUGUUUGGAUCCAAUAUUGGCUGCGAUGUUGCCAAGACCAUGCGUUGCAUGCCAUGGGAGGUCUAG